AUGGCGUCAACAUAUCAGAAAAGCGGACCCCGCCUACAAGCGGGACAAACGCUAAAGAAUAAGAAGAAGAAGAAUGAUGUUGUAGAGCGCGUUUUCACUUUAUGCCAGCAAAUUCCGCUUAUGGUAUGGAAAAUACCAAAUUGUCCAAAAUUGCAUCGUCAAUACUGA